AUGAUGAACACACUUCUGGGCUCCACGACCGGAAACCACACUUCGGACUCUCCGGUCCAGUCACAAGAUCACCCCAUCAGCCCUCAAAGAAGAAAGAUUGUCGUUGCUAUGACAGGCGCAACCGGGGCAAUUCUGGGCAUCAAACUUCUUAUUUCUCUACGCCGCCUAAACAUUGAAACACAUCUCAUCAUCAGCAAAUGGGCAGAAGCUACCAUCAAAUAUGAGACAGACUACCAUCCAUCCAAUGUCCGCGCGCUAGCCGAUCAUGUCUACAAUAUCAAUGAUAUGGCCGCCCCGGUAUCUAGCGGUUCGUUCCGCACGAAUGGCAUGAUCGUGGUUCCGUGCAGCAUGAAGACUCUAGCAGCUAUCAACUCCGGCUUUUGCGAAGACUUGAUUUCCCGCACGGCAGACGUGAUGUUAAAGGAACGUCGCAAGCUCGUGCUAGUGGCCCGUGAAACACCAUUGAGCGAUAUUCAUUUACGGAAUAUGCUCUCGGUCUCGCAAAGCGGCGCGGUCAUUUUCCCUCCAGUACCUGCGUUUUAUAUCAAGCCCGCGUCAGUGGAAGAGUUGAUUGAUCAGAGCGUUGGUCGUAUGUUAGAUCUAUUUGAUCUUGAUACGGAAGAGUUUGAACGAUGGAAUGGAUGGAAUAAGGAGUGA